UCCCCGGGCGCGCAGCGAGCGAGCGGCUCCGUCCUGCCGGGGCGGCGGCUCCGCGGCUCCGGGGCCGCUCUCCGGGAUGGCUUUCGCCAAUUUCCGCCGCAUCCUGCGCCUCUCCGCCUUCGAGAAGCGCCGCUCCAGGGAAUACGAGCACGUCCGCCGCGACCUGGACCCCGGCGAGGUGUGGGAGGUGGUGGGCGAGCUGGGAGAUGGAGCCUUCGGCAAAGUCUACAAGGCCAAGAACAAGGAGACGGGAGCUCUGGCAGCUGCCAAGGUCAUCGAGACCAAGAGUGAGGAUGAGCUGGAGGAUUACAUGGUGGAGAUUGAGAUCCUGGCCACCUGUGACCACCCCCACAUCGUCAAACUGCUGGGAGCCUUCUACUGGGAUGGCAAACUCUGGAUCAUGAUCGAGUUCUGCCCGGGAGGGGCCGUGGAUGCCACCAUGCUGGAGCUGGACAGGGCCCUGACUGAGCCCCAGAUCCAGGUGAUCUGCCGCCAGAUGCUGGAAGCUCUGCACUACCUGCACAGCAAGAGGAUCAUCCACAGGGACCUGAAGGCUGGCAACGUGCUCCUCACCCAGGAUGGGGACAUCAAGCUGGCUGACUUUGGGGUGUCUGCCAAGAACAUGAAAACCCUGCAGAAGCGAGAUUCCUUCAUUGGGACCCCUUACUGGAUGGCCCCGGAGGUGGUGAUGUGUGAGACCAUGAAGGACACUCCCUACGACUACAAGGCUGACAUCUGGUCCCUGGGCAUCACCCUGAUCGAGAUGGCCCAGAUUGAGCCGCCCCACCACGAGCUGAACCCCAUGAGGGUCCUGCUGAAGAUCGCCAAGUCCGACCCGCCCACGCUCAGCUGCCCCUCCAAAUGGUCCCUGGAGUUCAGAGAUUUCCUGAAGAAGGCGCUGGACAAGAACCCAGAGACCCGGCCCAGUGCUGCCCAGCUGCUGGAGCAUCCCUUUGUCAGCAAGGUCACCAGCAACAGGGCCCUGCGGGAGCUGGUGGCCGAGGCCAAGGCUGAGGUGAUGGAGGAGAUCGAGGACAGCCGGGAUGAAGCAGAGGAGGAUGACUCCUCCGAGUCUGCCUCGCCCCCUGGGAAGCACAAGAGGGACUCCUCUGAGGUGAGCCAGCUGAGCUUUGAUGGGGAGAAACCUCCAGACUCAUCCUUGCCCAAAGCCCUCAACGGCUCCAUGGGCACUGGCAGGGACACCACAGAGAGCCAGAGCCACAAAGCCUCAGACAAAGGGGUGAGCAGUGACAAACUGGAGAGCAACCACUCCACAAAACCCAGAUCGGCCCCCUCAGCCACCCAGGACAAGCCAGACAUCAUCCUGCAGCCAGGACACUUGGGAAACUCAACGGAGGGGAACAAGGAGCCCAGGCCUGGCAGGGAGCAGAGGAAGAGCCUUGGGGAGAGGAAGAGCAUCGGGGAGGGGAAGAACAUCGAGGAGAGGAAGAGCAUUGAAGAGAAGAAGAGCAUUGAAGAGAGGAAGAGCAUCGGGGAGGGGAAGAGCCUUGAGGAGAGGAAGAGCCUUGAGGAGAGGAAGAGCCUUGGAGAGAGGAAGAGCAUGGGGGAGAGGAAGAGCAUGGGGGAGAGGAAGAGCAUGGUGGAGCGACCAGAGAGUGUUUUCCUGGAGAACUUCAGCGAGGAGAAGCUGGCCAAUGGAAGCCUGGAGCCCCUGGGGCCAUUCCCCCGCUCCAAAAGGGACUCGGACUCCGGCAGCACUUCGGCCUCCGAGAGCAUGGACCUCACCAUCUCCCUGUCUGCUGACCUGUCCCUCAACAGGGAGAGCGGCUCCAUCUCCCUCAAGGACUCGCGGCUGCAGAAGAAGACCCUGAAGCGCACCCGCAAGUUCGUGGUGGACGGCGUGGAGGUGAGCGUCACCACCUCCAAGAUUAUCAGCGAGGACGAGAAGAAGGAUGAAGAAAUGAGGUUCCUCAGGCGCCAGGAGCUGCGGGAGCUGCGUCUGCUGCAGAAGGAGGAGCACAGGAACCAGGCCCAGCUGAACAGCAAGCACCAGCUGCAGCAGGAGCAGAUGCUGCGGCGCUUCGAGCAGGAGAUGAUGGCCAAGAAGAAGUUCUACGACACGGAGCUGGAGAACCUGGAGAGGCAGCAGAAGCAGCAGAUCGAGAGGAUGGAGCAGGAGCACGGGCUGCGGCGGCGCGAGGAGGCCAAGCGCAUCCGCCUGGAGCAGGAGCGCGACCACGCGCGCUUCCUCGAGCAGCUCAAGCAGAUGAAGAAGGAGGUGAAGAACGAGGUUGAGAAGCUGCCACGGCAGCAGCGCAAAGGGAACCUGAAGGCGAAGAUGGACGACUUCACCCAGAAAAAACAAACCAUGGAACAGGAGUUUUUGGCCAAGCAGAAGGAGGACCUGGAGCAGGCCAUGAAGAACAUCAUUGCCCAGAACAAAAGAGAGAUCUGUGACAAGGAGCGUGAGUGCCUCAACAAGAAGCAGCAGCUGAUGAGAGACAGGGAAGCUUCCAUCUGGGAUCUGGAGGAGCGUCAGCAGCAGGAGAAGCACCAGCUCAUCAAGCAGCAGCUGAAGGACCAGUAUUUCCUCCAGAGGCACGAGCUGCUCAGGAAGCACGAGAAGGAGAGGGAGCAGAUGCAGCGCUACAACCAGCGCAUGCUGGAGCAGCUGAAGGUGAGGCAGCAGCAGGAGAAGGCCCGGCUGCCCAAGAUCCAGCGCAGCGAGGGCAAGACCCGCAUGGCCAUGUACAAGAAGAGCCUCCACAUCCACUCCAGCGGCACCGCCUCCGAGCAGAGGGAGAAGAUCAAACAGUUUGCCCUGCAGGAGGAGAAGAGGCAGAAGGCAGAGCGGCUGCACCAGCAGCAGAAGCACGAGUCGCAGAUGAAGGACAUGCAGGCCCAGUGUGAGAGCAACACCAACGAGCUCCAGCACCUCCAGAACGAGAAGUGUCACCUCCUGAUUGAGCAUGAAACGCAGAAGCUGAAGUCCCUGGAUGAGAACCACAACCAGCACAUGAAGGAGUGGAGGGACAAGCUGAGACCACGGAAGAAGGCCCUGGAGGAUGAGCUGAACCAGAAGAAGCGUGAGCAGGAGAUGUUCUUCAAGCUGAGUGAGGAGGCCGAUGGACAGGUGCCAGUGUCGCCAACCAAACACGCCAAGUUCAUCCCCUUCAGCUCCUCAGAGAGCUUGUAACACCUGGCAGGCCACCAGCUGGGACUGGCCGUGUCCUCCUGGGCUGCAGGGACAGCUUGGACUGGGAAGAGCCUCUCACAGCCCCUUGUCACCUCAGCCUGGGAUAAACGUGGCCUCUGCACUGAGGGACCCUGGCUGGAACUUGGGGUGGCUCUCCCAGGAGCUCCAGGCUGGGAAUUGGGGCAGGAGCCUCUCUGGAUUGCACUUGCACUGAUGGCUGGAUGCUUUUGGGGUGAGCCUGGUGCUCACUGGGUUUGUCAGCUCAGGCUGCAGCAGUGCCCACUCUGAUCAGGGGACACAGCCCCUGGGGCAGGGUUGUCACCUCCCUCUGCACCCUGGCUGCUCCUGUCCCUGUCCUUUGUACGGCCUGCCCUGGGGCACAGCAGCUCUGGCAUUGUCUUAAACUCACCUUGGCCUUAGACUUACCCCUCUCCACCAUGGCCCUUUUAUUGCCACAGAGGGACAGAGAUUUGGGGUUUUUUGCCUUGGGAGGGCUGGGUUUUUU